CGGCGGCAGCGUCAACAACAACAGCGACGACGCCACCCGUGCCCCGGUCUCCCUGCCGGAGCCCCGCGCUGCAACGCAGGCGACCGCCGGCGCCACUCUCGCCGAAUCUGUCGUCGAGUCUGACGAUGACGAUGAGGUCGCCCACUGCAACCGCCGCAACCGCCGCAACCACCUCAAUCGCAACCGCGGCAAAGCCGGACGGGGGACGACCGACGGCCCUCGAUCGUUCCGCCGGUUCGGAUUCCGAACGGGAUCUCCCGCCGGAGGAGGAGGUGGAUGACGGGGGGAAGGCGGCGGCGAUAACGGUGCCGGCGUCUCCGCCGCGCUUGCGGGAGCGCAAGGGCAGCAUCUCUGAGAUCCGCGACGGGGACGAGUCGGAGCUGCGCCAGUACCACCGCAGGCACCGCGACGAGCGGCUCCGCGAGCAGGAGACGGAGCGCCUGGAGCGCCAGCGGCUGGAAACGAUCCUCAGCCUCUGCGCCGAGUAUCACGAGAAGGGCAGCAUCUCGGACCUGCGCGGCAUUAUGGGUAAGACGGAGGGGGGCGGCAGCGGUGAGGAGGCCCGUCCUGUCGCCAUGGCUACACCGGCGCCGGUCUCCGCGGCAACCGUGGACUCAGCUCAGAGCCCUGGAGAUGACAGUCGUCAUGACGACGCCAGCGCGGAGAUGGGAGGGACCGCGGUGACGAUGGCGACGAGGGGAGGAGGAGGCGGAGGAGGAGAGGGACCGACAGGGUGCCGUGAUGAGUGCAGCAGCAGCACAGAGAGCGCGCAGGACGAGGGCUACAUCCAGACCACGUCGUCGUACGACAGAGCACCGAGCCCGCCCGAACAAUCCCGCAGGGCGCCCAGACAGGAGGCGAGGCUGAAGUUGGCGGAACGGAAGCAGGAGGUGAUGCGCCGGGAGGUGGGGCUCGAGCAGGAAGUGAUGCGGCGAGGGGCGGAGCACCGGCAGGAAGUGAUGCGCUUGGACGUGAGGAGGGCCCAGCUGGUGGCGGUGGUGGAGGAGCUGAAACGACGGAUCCACGAUGUGCAGAGCCAGUUGGAGGACUGCGCGCGCGAGGCGGAGAUGGAGCGAGCGCUGCUGGAGGGGGAGAAGGCGGCAGAGAAGUCGAACCUCGGCAAGGACCAGGAGGUGAUCGCCGCGCUGCAGAGGAAGAUGUCGGAGUUGGAGGCGCGCGUCGCCUGCCAGAGAGACAAGGGUAAGGCCCGGCUGGUGGAGGAGAGGCAGAAUCUGGACGAUCUUCGCGCCAAGAAGUCAGACGUUGAAACGCAGCUCCAUAGCUGCCCUGAGGCUCUCAGGGAGCAGAUGGACGAGGAGCUACGCAUGGUGAGCGACCAGCUCGAGUGCGGCGCUCGCCGCUUCGAGGACCUGGAGUUCCAGCAGCUGGAGACGGAGUCGCGGCUGGAGGAGGAGAGGGAGGCCGGACUGCACAGCGUGCUCAAGGACAUGACGGAGCUGAGACGCACCAUCGUCUCUCGCAAGGAGCGUCUGUGUGCGCUGGAGCGUCAGGCCAACCAGACGCUGCGGGCGGCGGAGGUGGAGAGGCAGAGACUCCAGCGGGAGAGGGGCACGCUCGUGCGCCUCUACGAAAGGGAGAGGGAGGAGCUGUCGCUGGUGGAGGUGGAGCUGGCGGAGAUGAUGGGGAACGUCGACGUCGGAGCCGCCCUGUCUCCUGCCCUCAGAGAGGAACCCCUAACUCUACCCGAACCCUCACUCAACAUCAUUAACACCCCAUCUGACUUCCCCUCCACACUCACACUAACAUCAUCGUCAUCAUCGUCGUCAUUAUCGUCUUCGUCAUCAUCAUCAUCUGCUCAAACCGCCCGUAACCUACGCCAGGAGUACUUCACCCUCAGCCAAAUCAAUCAGCUGUACGUGGGGACGGAGCCUGAGUCAGGCCACGCCCACCCCACUCAAGCCCCUCCCACUCAUUCUUCGGCCGUCAUGGAAACCGCCCGCUCUGCUGUCAAUCUCUCCCAGGCUUCCCCUCCUGACAUCCCUCUCGCUGAAGAGCCACGUGACUGUGCGCUGGCCCUGUGCCCCCCGCUGGGCUCCGAGCGGUGGUACAGCGAUUGCGUCGCUGGGUUUGGACCCCCCAGAACCAUCCCCCCGCCGCCCCCGCUCCCCGCUAAGCAGCGUGGGGGAUCGAGGGGGGCGGCUGAUCAGCAGCUGGAUGUGAGCGGGGAAUCAGCGCUCCGGCUAAAAGGGAAAAAAUCCCGGCGCGCUGCCCCCAGUUCCGCGCCCUGCACCCCCUACAGCAGCGCCACACUCGGCCGCAACGUCAGCCUCAAGUCCUCUGUGUUGGCCCAGCUGGGCACCAACAGCCUGCCCCGUAACCUGAAGGCCACCCUGCAGGAGAUAGAGAACAAGCGGCAGCAGACCUUCCAGGAAAAAGGGCACCAGGUGAUAGAAGAGCAGCGGCGUCGCCUGGCCGACCUGAGGCUACGGGCCGCGGCCGAGGCCCAGACGCAGUGGGCAGCCCUCCAUGCGCUGCCCUCGUCCCCCACCUCGUCGUCGUCCAGGGGAUGCGCCGAGGAGGAGGAGGUGGACCAGGAGGAGGCGGCGGCCGCCGCGAUGGUGGUGGAAGAGCUUCUGGGGAACGGUGGUGGCGGAGCGGGGGGAAGAGUGGGCGGCGGUGGAGGGGCCUACGACACGCUGAGCCUGGAGAGCUCCGACAGCAUGGACACCAGCGUCUCCAACGCCAACUCGCAGUGCUCGCCCGAUGCCAUGUCCAGUGCGAGCGGCAUGGACACGGUGCGUCUGGAGGAGAUGGAGCGCAUGUUGAGGGAUGCACAGGUGGAGAAGGCGAGGCUCUUGGAGAUGAAGGAGCGCGAGGCGGAGGAGCGCCGGCGGGCGCUGGAUCUCGAGCGGCGGCGCCGCGAGCGAGUGGAGGCGCAGCUCCGGGACGAGACGGAGCGGCAGCGGCGCCUCCUCGCUGGCGCGGGGGGCGGGGGGGGGCCGCCCCCCCGGGGUGGGGGGGACGCGGGGGGGGCUCCGUCGUGGGGGGGAGGGGGGGGCCCGGGCGGGGGGUCGUCGCGGGGUGCUGACGUGAGGCUCAGGGACGCGCACGCCGUGCAGCAGUCCCGCCCGCUGACUCGCUACCUGCCGGUGCGCAAGGAGGACUUUGACCUGCGUGGCCACGUGGAGGCGGCGGGCCACGGCGUGGAGACGUGCCGCCACGUGGCGCUCACCGCCAAGACCUGCCGCGGCCUCCUCACCAAGAUGGGCGGCAAGAUCAAGACGUGGCGCAAGCGCUGGUUCGUCUUCGACCGCAACAAGCGCACGCUGGCCUACUACGCCGACAAACACGAAGCCAAGCUGAAGGGAGUCAUUUACUUCCAGGCCAUCCAGGAGGUUUACUACGAUCACCUGAAAAACGCCAACAAGCCAUGGGGGAUAUUGAGAUUUGCCAAAAUCACAAGCCCCAACCCGGCACUGACGUUCUGCGUGAAGACCCAUGACCGUGUCUACUACAUGGUUGCCCAGUCGCCGGAGGCCAUGAGGAUCUGGAUGGACGUCAUCAUCACGGGAGCCGAGGGCUACACGCUCUUCCUCAACUAGCCGCAUCCCACCUCUCCGCCAUCUUAUUUGCGCAUCCCCCUCUCAACGCCGCCAUCGUGGAUUUUGCAGCGCCGCCACUUUGGGCUCUUCAGCACCCGCCAGCGCUGCCACCGGAAGCUGUUGGAUGCCACCAUCUUCAGCCCUGCGACGGCGCGACACCGGAUCGCCGUACUAGGAAAUUUUGAAUUUGGCGUUUCCACCAUCUUUGUUUUCUACAGCCGCCAUCUUGAUCGAUUCGUCAUGGAUUUUGCAACUCCACAAUCUCAUUUCUGCACCAGUUUGCUUUUUUCACCAUCCUGCGUUGCGCUACUGCCAAUUUGAAGUCCUGAUGUCUUGGAAACCACUGAUUCUCCACCUUGAACUCAUUUUUAUAUUUUUAGCAACACCUCUGGAUUUCCUCCGCCAAAGGAUUUGUUCAACUCUCUUCCGCAGUCCGUUGCUGUAUCGGCCAUCUUUGACACGAUAUACGAAAACAUUGGAAUUCAUAUCGUAAACUUUAUAUUCCCGUACGCUCCAAUAUUAUCAAUCAUAUACACUUAUAGCUCGACGUUCAUGAAUUUUAUAUCACUACAAUACGUUUAUAUAUUUGUUUUCUUUUUAGAAACUUGUAGGAAUUAUGAAUUUUUGCUGCGGCCAUCUUGAAUUUUAUUGCGCGUCCAUAUUGGGCAUUCACCCGCGAUCAACAAUAGGCAGGACACAGCAAUUGUGAACAUACCAAAAUCGGUGACAAAACAAUUAUACAUUCACAGACCUCUCAAUCCACUGUUGGAUGAAGUCCACCCCAUGCCCUUUUGGUUAUGGGGAGGGGGGGGGGGUUGACCAUACUUCACCGCGCAGGUUGGCCAACGGGGUGUGAGUCUGAGACGCAGAUUCACAUAUCGUCUGCCACUUUUGUUCGCCGUUGUCGCAAAUCGAACCCGGGAAGCGGGUUUGUAGCGCAGAGCGCUAAAAUUCUGCGCCACCAAUGCACCCGAAAAUCGGACACAGUGUUAGGUAGAACUAAAGUUUGACAAACCACAGUCAGUUUAAAUGCAUGGAAAGACCGUCUCAAAUACAUGAUGGGUGUUGGGUUUUUUUCCACAAAGUUAAAGCAAUCCAACUUAAUUUUUAGUUUUUUUCUUGCGAUGCCAUCGCUUGGUGGUGGUGGUGGUGUAACGGUCAGCAGUACCGCUGGACCUGCCAGUUCGAUUCCUCCCGCCACGACAGCUGAAAAACGGCGAAUUUUAUUUAAAUCCCCCCCCCCUCCCUUACUCCCUCUGUCCACCAUUGAGCAGUUACGUCGAUUGCAAGGGUCGCAUGGGUGCGGGCUAAAGUGUGCGGCGCUCCCACCUCAUUUGAAGGAAUUUUUUUGCGAGAUUGUGAAAGAAUACGCCCAAAAAAAUAUACUCUUAAGUCGUGGGGCCCUUCUGUCUCCACGACGUGACCUCGUUCUCGUUUUGGCCCAACAGCAGUUCCUGGCACCCACCACUGCAACUCUGGGGGGAAAAUGUGGGUGAUGGUGUGGUUGUUUUAAAGAGCCGGUGCGGCAUAAAGCCGUGGUCAAUAUUGCAAUGACUGCAACUUUAACCUUACCUCACAGUCGGAACACACGACCCAACAAAGAACACACGCGUGCUAGCGGUAAACUUUAGCGCUUGAGGUAUGUAAAAACUUUAUUACUGUUGGAAGCACGCACACACGUAGAAUUAUAUGUAGACAUGCCUCCGUUACAUAUUUUCUCGAUAUGUCUUCUUUUUUACCGGAACAAGUUUUAUUCUUGUGUUUGCGCGCAGAUUAUCUGGAACACUAAAAGAGAGCAAUAAGGCUGGUGACUAUCCUGGCGUACCAGGCUACGCGUCUUUUAGAUUCGAAGCUUUCGUGACUGCAGGAAUUACUCUUUGGUUCUUUCGGUACGCGACAGAAAUUAAAUAAUAAAUAUAAUGCAAUACAACACAGAGAGUCGGCCAACACAACAGUCAACACCCCACCUGAUUAAUCACGUUCUUCCAAAGAUUGCUAAAUUUGAGAACGUGACAAAAU